GUGCUCUAUCAGCCUACCGAGCAUGUUUUUGGGAUGUGGGAGGAAACCGGAGUGCCCGGAGAAAACCCACGCGGGCACGGGGAGAACAUGCAAACUCCACACUGGGAGGGCCGAAGGUGGAAUCGAACCCGCACCCUCCUAACUGUGAGGCGGACGUGGUAACCAGCCUGCUUGCCCAUAUCAAUUAUUUUUAUUUUUAUUUUUUGGAUUUUCUAUUUUAAAGAGAGAGUCUUUUUAAAAUUAAUUUUAAAUAUUAGGAAUUCCUAGUAUUUUAUUGACAUUUAAAUAACUUGAUUUAAAUAACUCGUAUAUGUGCCACGGGGAGUUUUCUUUGAAAUGUCCAACAAGUCAACUUUCGAUGUAGAGGAUGACUUUAUUCGUCUUCCAAUUGGAUGAUGGAGCGCACGUUUGGGGAGGAGGAGCCCGAGUAAUCAAAUGGGAGGAAAAGUGUUCAGGCUCAAACAAACGAGAGAGAGGGAAAAUGUUUCUAGCACUCUGUGUGUGGAGUCUCGCUGUCGCGACUUUACUUUUCGCUCGGUCGCUUUCCAAAUGUUAACUGCGGGGGGCCGGACGGUCUGCGGCUCAUUGCAGAGGGCUGCGGCCUGAACCGGACGGCGACCAGAGCAACAAGACCAAAGGAGUAUAAGUUGGACGCAUUGCGCGGGAUGCAGGCGCGCUACUCGGUGGCCAGCGCCAACCCCUUGGGGGUCGUGCCGUACAUGGGCGGCGAGCAGAGCUACUACCGGGCCGCGGGGGGCUACGCCGGGAUGCCGGCGCCCAUGACCAUGUAUUCCCACGCGGCUCACGAGCAGUACCCGGCUGGCAUGGGCCGCGCGUAUAACCCUCAGCAACAACUGCAACAGCAGCCGCAGCAGCAGCCCAAAGACAUGGUCAAGCCGCCGUAUAGCUACAUCGCUCUCAUCACCAUGGCCAUCCAAAACUCCCUCGAGAAGAAGAUCACCCUGAAUGGAAUCUACCAGUUCAUCAUGGAGCGUUUCCCGUUCUACCGGGACAACAAACAGGGCUGGCAGAACAGCAUACGGCACAACCUGUCGCUCAACGAGUGCUUCGUCAAAGUGCCCCGCGACGACAAGAAGCCCGGCAAGGGCAGCUACUGGACUCUGGACCCGGAUUCGUACAACAUGUUCGAGAACGGCAGCUUCCUCCGGCGAAGGAGGCGCUUCAAGAAGAAAGAUACGCAGAAGGAGAAGGACGAUCACGAACGGACCAAGGAUCUGCAGGCGGCGGGGGCGGCCCGGGAGCUGAGGGACGCGCCGUUGCACGACAGCUGCCAGCCGGUGCGCAUCCAGGACAUCAAGAUUGAGAACGGAAGCUGCACGCCGCCUCGAUCCGCGUCGCCGCCACCCGACGCCGUCCCUAAAAUGGAAAGUCCCAACCGCAGCCGCAGCACAAGCAGCAUCAGCAGCGUGUCCAGCGGCUCGGAGCAGCAGCAGAGCCAAAGUUCUGCGCAAGGCUUCAGCGUGGACAACAUCAUGGCGUCCCUGCGGGGGUCUCCCCACGUGGAGCUCUCCCCGCCUCUCAUCGCCUCCUCUCGAACAGGUGUGAACCCCUCAGUGGCGCUCAGCUACUCGCCCAACCAGGCGUCUUCCUUUAGCUGCAAUCAAAACGCCUGCACGAACUCCAGCUAUCAUUGCAACAUGCAAGCCAUGAGCCUCUACGCGGCGGAGCGGAGCUCCGGGGGACACCUGGCGCCCUCCAGGAGUAGCGUGGACGAUCGCGAGGCUUUGCCCGACUACGGCGUCGCUGCGGCCACCUCACCACCUAACCUGCAGGCGAACCUGCAGGAGGGCCCGCAGCAGCACGGCCAGCAGGGCCGGCUCGUCUCCUGGUACGGCGACCUGCAGGGCCAUCUGAGCUCGGGCUACCCGUCCCAGCAGCAGAACUUCCACUCGGUCCGAGAGAUGUUCGAGUCCCAGAGGAUGGUGCUGAACGGCUCCCCGGUCAAUGGGAAUAGCAGUUGCCAGGUGGUCUUCCCGUCCGCGCAGUCCAUCUACCGCACCUCGGGAGCUUUUGUUUACGACUGCAGCAAGUUCUGAGCUCCCGUAAAAUAGAUUCCCUUUCUUACAUGAUAAAUAUGAUGACGAUUUUCUCAAAGGGACUAUGGCGCUAAACAGAUGAUUUUGCGUGUCAGCACCAAAAACACGUCAAUUUAUUCUCUUAAUUUAAGAAAAAAAUUGCUCAAAUACGUUUGUAAAUUAUAUCCUAAUAUAUUUAUUUCUAAAGAGCGAUGAAUAUUUCUUGAAAGCCAGAUCCGCAAACUUUUUUCAACGCGCGUGCGUGCAUACGUGUGUGCGUGCGUGCGUGCGUGUGAAAUUUCGUAUGCUGCCUUAAUAACGUCAUUACGUAUACGCGGGACAUUUAGCCUAAAAUGGUUAUUUUAUUCAUGUCAUUUGUCAACACAAUUUUCAAGACAUUACAUUUUUAAUUAAUAAAGUGCCGUGGUUUUAA